ACCCAACCCAACCCAACCCAGCAGGCCAGCACCCCAACCCCCUCCAUACCUUUCGCCGAACCCCUCCAUCCCAUUUUCCACAUUCUCCAAACUCCAAUCUCCCGAUUCCCCCACCCCUAUUCUCCCGAAAGAUGAGGACGACGAAGACUACGAAGACGAUGAUGACUGAUGAGGGGGGCGAGGACGACGAAGACGACGAGGUUCAGGUCUUACAAUCCUCCAGAGGGCCACCGGUUCAGUCGGCGGACGACGACGAGGAUGACGAUGAAGAUGACGAUGGUGAAGGCGGAGACGACGAUGACGAUGGUGAAGGCGGAGAUGACGAUGACGAUGACGACGACGACGAGGAGGAAAACGAUGACGAGGAUGAAGACGGUGAAGAAGAGGUAAUAUAUGUCCAAAUUUAUAUAAUUUUCUGCAUAUACUUCAUUUCUCUCAUCUGGGACUGGGUUGCGUUCUCUGUUGGUGCCGGAGAUAUGGGUCCCACUUCAUCGUCCGGUGUCAGUAACAUGCAAGAUCUCAGAUGUUAUAGCGCCUCCUAUGCAUCCUCCGUCUACCCAACACAAUCCCAAGCCCAAACCAAGGUCGGCAACAAUGAUGUUCGGUUCAAAAAGGGCAAGUCUGCAAGUGGGUCUGUUUCUAAGAGCUGGAGUUUCAAUGAUCCGGAGCUGCAACGAAAGAAGCGAGUCGCUAGCUAUAAGGUUUACAGUGUAGAAGGGAAAGUUAAAGGCUCUUUCAGAAAGAGUUUCAGGUGGCUCAAGGACAGGUGAACGCUUCUCUCAUCUGGGACUGGGUUGCGAGGAGUUUCUCUCAUCUGCGACUUCUGGCCAUGGUUUUUAAUAGAAUAUUUAUUAAAUUA